UAUGGUAUUGUCAUCAAUAAAAGGUUUACCAAUAGAAUGUAUAAGAACUUUUAAUUCACAUCAAGGUCCCGUACAUAUAGCCAGAUAUAAUACCGGUGGUGAAUACAUUUUAAGUGGUGGGCAAGAUAGGACCAUUCGUCUAUGGAACCCUGAUUCUGGUUUAAAUAUUAAAACAUAUACUGGUCAUGGCAAAGAAGUUUUAGACCUAUCCGUGACGCAAGAUAAUUCUCGAUUCGCGUCAUGUGGUGGUGAUAGACAAAUUUAUUAUUGGGAUGUUUCAACCGGGACUACUGUUCGUCGAUUUGAAGGUCACAACCAGCGAGUAAAUGCAGUUUCGUUUAAUUGGGAAGGAACGGUCUUGGCGAGUGAUUAUGGGAUUGCAGGUAAAAUACAUCAUCUAUCAUUUUUUAAAAUCCUUUCCACUCAUCCAAUUCUUGCAAUUGAUAGAUCACAUGCUCGUACCCCAAUACAAAUUCUAGAAGAACCCAAAGAUAGUAUAACUUCAUUACAUGUGAUUCAAUAUGAAAUUGUUUCCGGAAGCGCUGAUGGUUGCAUACGUACUCAUGAUAUUAGAAAGGGGGCUCUUAUAACUGACUUGAUUUCGCAUCCUGUUACUUCAGUUCGUGUAUCAGGAGAUAAUAAUUGUAUCCUUGCUAGUUCCCUUGACAAUUCUAUUAGAUUAAUGGAUCGGGCAAAUGGGGGCCUUUUAAAUGAGUUUAAGGGUCAUAAAAAUGCUUCAUACAAAAUUCAUUCUUGUUUGUCAAAUAAUGAUGCUCAUGUGAUAAGUGGAUCAGAAGAUGGAAAAAUUUACAUUUGGGACUUAUUAGAAGGAAAUCUUUUAACUUCGUUCAAAGCUCAUUCCAACGUUGUUACAUGUGUUACAUUUCAUCCUAGAUACGAUUAUAUGAUAUCUACUAGUGUGGAUGGAACUGCAAAAUAUUGGAAACCACAAACUACUUAA